ACACGACCAGUACGUUCGUUCAGUCUUAAAGUAACACUCGUCACACGCACACUUCCACGCUCCCUGUCUCUAAGGUAGUGCUGUAGACCCGAGGUGUUCAAAUGGCCUCAACCGCCCAACUGCUGUUCUGGCUGGCACCACUCCUACUUUUAGGAGAGCGAGCCGCCGCGUUUACAAGUGGCACCACGACCACCUGUAGUUCCAACCAGAUCCGCUGCAAGAGAGAUGGCAUAUGUCUUUCCGUCUCCUCCGUUUGCAAUGGGAGAGCAGACUGUCCGGACAGGUCUGAUGAAGAUGUGCAACUCUGCAAGCUGUGGACUUUCGACAGAUCAUCUUGUGGCGGUUCUUCCGUGUACUGCAGUGGAUGCCGUAGUUAUGACGACUUCUGCAACAGAGAUCAGUGCCGGAGAAAUGUGGAUCCCAAAAUAUGUCAGAUGGUGAAACAGAGGCAGUUGAUUAUCGAGGAAGAAUUUAAAGGGAUGACUCUUUCGGACGAAGCCGUGUCUCUGAUGACUGCUGUGGUGAAUUCAACACUCGCUCAGAAAUACCCCGAGUGCCCCAUGCUUUACACAAGAGUCGGUGGUAAAUGCUUAGCCUUCUUUUCACUUGCCAAGGUUCCCUGGCCGGAAGCUCGACAGUUUUGCAAAUCCAUUUUUGGCGACCUGGUCACUUUCAAGACCCUUCUAGAAUUUGGACAUGUGAUAGAUCAUUUAAAGGAAGCUUUGCUAACUACCGAUUUCUGGAUUGGAGGGAGGUACGACAUGGAUGUCAAUGCUUGGGCAUGGGCCAGCGAUGACACCCCUAUGCCUUUGGGAUCACCCUACUGGGCUGAGAGGUACAGCAGCUCCUGUGUUCCUCGGUCACCACCUCAUACAGACCCCUUCAGCAACCCUCCAACUGCCCUCCCUGAGGCCCCGUGUUACAACUACCUACAGGCACCCAAGCAACGCAGCCAAGGAUGGUGCAGUGCUAUAACCUAUGAGCACUUCUACUUCAUCUCAGAUGAUGAAUGCCAAAGCUCCCAUAGUCCCCUGUGUCUUCUUGCCCAUGAACCUGAGGCAUAAUUGGACAACAGCUUCUCACACCAGCAAAUGGUCUUGUGUUAAUGGUGACACAGAUGUGAUUAGCUUAUGAUACACACACGCACAGUAUAAGCUUAUUUGUGUUUUUACUUCUUAUUUUUUUUGUCUGUGUGUGUGAAAUGAGUGGCAUUCCAUUACUAAAAUAAAUUAUAUUGAAAAAUA